UGAGCCGGGCCAAAGGAGAGACUGUUGAGAGCUGUUGUUGUAGGACUUUCCCUCGUCUGCGCGCUUCAGUACCGCUCCGUGCCGCUCCGUGCCGCUCCGUGCAGACAUGUCGAGCAGCGGACCCAGCAGCAGCCUGGUCAUGGCGCAGAAGGCGGUGAAGCAGCUGCGGUUCGAGGCGAGCGUCCACCGGAUAAAGGUGUCCCAGGCCGCGGCGGAGCUCAAGGCCUUCUGUCUGCAGAACGCCCACAAAGACCCCCUCCUCACCGGGGUGCCCUCCAGCGACAACCCCUUCAGACCACCCAAGUCAUGUGCGCUGCUCUGAGCCGCCAAAGGACACCGGAUCGCUCACUUCCGCCGAUCACAUGAACAUAACGACGAAGAGACAAGAGGCAGUGUACACACCAAACCGAUGAGCAGUGUGCAUUUUAUAUUGGCAAAGUCUGGAUUAUUCAGACGUUUAAAGCACUAAAUCUGACUUUAAAACCAAGCAGGCCUGUAACGAUAACCAAUAAAUCAAUGAAAACUUUUAAUGAGCUCAAUAACUUUUCCAAUAAUUCGCGAUAAUUUCUAUUUGUGUGCUCGUUUGUUUUUUGAGUCUGAAUGUCCAAAAGCUUCUCAAAACGCUUGAACGAACGUAAUCCGUGUGUCAUUCGUUCAUUCGUUUUUCAAAAUAAAACCAAAACAUCCAACUGUUGUGUUUCGUUUAAAGUCCGGUGCAGUUUAUUUGUGAAAAAAGUUAGAAAAUAGACCAUUUAAUGACAGUGCGCCUUAUAAUCCAGAGAGCCCUAUAGUGCAGAAAAUACGGUAAUGUAAAACACACUGAUUUUAAACACCAAAAGAGUGAAAAUGUCAAACGUGUUGCAUAAACGAGUUUCCUUCCUCUGAACAAGCAACGAAACUGUAGCUGUAACAAAAUAAUUUAGUAAAAUAUACCAGAAAUAUACUCUUGGUGACAUAUCGAUACAGCAGCCCACAAUAUCGAUACUGUAUCACUUUAAACAAUAUGAUAUAUCGAUAUUUUGAUAUUUUUGCACACCCCUACUGACUGGCAUUAGUGAACUACUGAGCAAAACUAACAUUAUGUUCAUGAAUAAAACAGAAGUAACUUGUUCACUCAGACUGAUUCUACAAUUAAAAUAAAAAAUCGAUUUCAUGAUGUUGAUAUUAAGUAAGUAAUUACGUAUUUUAUUUAUUUAGCGCUUUUCACAGAGCAUUAUUCAGUCAUUCCAGACCCGGUGGUUGUAAACUACUAUUGUAGCCACAGCUGCCCUGGGCCAAUUGGCACCAUUGGCCCCUCUGAUCACGCCCAUCACUCACACACUCCACUUUCAUACUAGGCAGUGUGGGUGAAGUGUCUUGCCUAAGGACACAAUGACAGUUAUUGUGUCUGGCGCCCCCCUGUGGCACCUGAUUUUCCCAGCGUCUCCCAUCCAAGUCCAGACCAGACCCGGCCCUGCUGAGCUUCUGAGAUCUGACGGGAUCAGACUUUGACAAACUGGUAUGGCCACCAAAACGAUUUAUUAUCUAUUUUUAUAUGAGGAGAAAAUUCAGUUUGUCGACUGGACAAAAGUUAGUUUGGUUGAAGACGUUUCACAGCUCAUCCAAGCUGCUUCUUCAGUUCUGGUCAGACGUUGGUGGUUCCUUAUAUCUGCAGGGAGGAGCUAACUAAGGCUGCGUUCAGACUGCAGCCUGAAGUGACCCAAAUCCGAUUUUUUGGCCCCUAUGUGACCUGUAUCUGAUCUUUUAAUGACAGUCUGAACGACACAGAUCCAGUUUUUUCAAAUGCGACCCAGGACACUUGGAUAUGUGGUCCUGAAACCGAUAAAUAUCUGAUCUUUUGACAUGCGACUUCAGUGUGAACGGUCAAAGCGCAUGAAUCCGACCUACACGUUAUCAACAAGACACAAACGUCACUAUUCUGAGCUGAAGUAGGCAAAAAUUGUUAAUGAACUCCAUGUCACUGAAGCGAAGCACAUCACCACUCACCACUCUUGGCUACGUCUCCACAUCCACACGUUCCUUUCAACGGACGUCGCUGUCGCUGUCCCACAAAACACCACGGCCAAAAACCUCGUCCUUCUCCUUCUCAAUCUCCUCCUUAAAACAAGUAAGUUGUUCAUGUUCUGGCUCCGGUACAAGAGAAAAUUUAAAAUCACCAGGUGCUCAAUGCUCGCGUCCAUGUUUGGACAACUUCCGUAAAAACAGAGCACGCUCGCUGCAGUUGCCGUCGUCGUGUCUCCAGUGCACAUGCGGGACACUUUCGGGCCGUUUACCGUUCAUACUGGAGUCACAUACAAGUCACAUUUAAUUGGAAAUGUGAACGACCUCGCAAAAACAUCAGAUUUCACCAAAAAAUCUGAAUUGAGCAUUAAGCCCUGCAGUCUGAACGUAGCCUAACUGAAACUAACACACACACUUGUUUACAGUUUAUGUUAGUUUGGCAUAUUGACCUGUACAGGGUGUGGGGUCUAAUUAGCAGAACAAUUCAUGGCCAUAAUGGAGCUUCCACACCUCUGGACCUGACCUGGAUACACCUGUUGUUCUCUUGUUUGUUUUGAUUUAGGUUUGAGGAUGGAGUUGUAAAUCAGAGAUAGAUGGUGUGUGAGGCCUCCAUUUCUGUUUAGAGAAGGAUUCUCUUUCUUAACAAAAAUGGCUUCUUUCACUCCCCUCUCAAACCAAUAUUUCUCUCUGGCUAAAAUCUGUACCUCGCUGUUCUCAAAUGAGUGGCCUGUGGCUUUUAAGUGGAGAUGUACAGCAGACUGAGGUCCACUGCUGCAUGGAUUCUACCUGGACGACUGAGGGAUUCUUUACACAUCUAUUUUUAUAGUUUUUUUUUAGAUUAGCAUACACAGAUAGAUUUAAGCAGUUCAAAUGCGAGACAAAUUUAGAAUACCAUGAUGUUAGUUUUGCUCAGUAGUUCACUAAUGCGUUGUCGUUGUUCGCCUUUGAGUUUUCGUCUUUCUUACCUUGAUAGUUGUGGAUAAAUUCUUCAUGGAAAAAUCUUUAUCCUUUGUGGACCUUGUUGGUUGAAGAUUUGGUGAUGGGGCAGAUUUAUGAAGCUGGUGGAGAAUACGCAGAGGACAGUUCACAAAUAUUCAUACGUCACUAUUACCUGGUCCCCGAAGGUUUGACCAGGUUUUGUAUUCACGCUGUGUGUCUGUGUGUGUGCCCACCCGCAAUAAUUCCACCAUUUAUGCACCGAUUCUCACCAAAUUUGGUACGUGGGUCAAGCCCCUGUGCCCAAUACUGCAAAAAAGGUUUGGUGACGAUCUGAGGUCAUUUGAGGUCACACGGGUCAAUUGAAGAGUCACGCCAUUAUUAAGUAUUGGCAAUUUCGUCAAUUUCUGAACCAUCUGCGGGCUAAAAUAUUCACCCAAUCAUCACCCAAGUUGGCACACACAUAACCGGGGCACACUGGAUGUUACAGGUUGAAAUCAGUCAAGGUAACCGAGGUCAAAUAUGUGUUUUUGGUCAUAACUCUGUGAAGGAUGGGGCUCGAGCAAUGGGAGUGUCUCAAAAUCUCAGAAAAAUUAUUAUCUAUUUAUAAUUCUAUGCAUUUGUACAGUAAAAUAUUAAUAGUUUUCGAGUUAAUCACUAAUUAUAACAGUUCCUUUAUCUUUCAGUGUGGCCGUUAAAAUUCUAAUUUCUUGUUUUUCUGGUGAUACACAACACACUGAUCUAACAUAUACACAACUCAUGAAAAAUGACAUUUUCGUUCGACAUCGACAUUCUCAUGUGUGACCAAUAUCACACAAAUGUUCAUGGGCCUGUACACAUACACACAUUACAUUGUGGAUAUAAUGAUCAUGUGAUAUGGGCUGGGCUCCUCAUAAACUGCUUCUGUGGUGAUGAACUGACCCACCGACGCCUCGUGGGGACCAGGUUGAUAUUUCCGAUUGUGCUUGUUUAAAUUAGUGACCAGAACCAAGAACUCACUAUGUUACAAUAAAAAAAAACUGCACUUCAACAAUAUUAAUGUCUGUAUCAAAUAUUAUUGUCCUGUAGAAUGUUCUGACGUUUUCUGAAACCCACCAGGACAUGUUAUCAUUAUAUUUGCCGAUUGUGAAGCUGAAAUUGUGAAAAAUAAACACCAAAAAGAGACUUGAAUUGUGCUGAAACCCAAAUAUAGUAUUCAGUUGAUACCAGCAGUGUUUCUAUGCAAUAUUUGUCCUUCUAAAUAUCAGGUUUUGUUCAUGAUGUCUGUUAUUCUGAUGAAUAUAUAUAUAUCUUUUUAUUUAUUAGUUGACAUUAUUAUGACUGUUAUUUGCAUGUACACAUUGUCACUGUUUUAUUUUGAUUUAUUAAGAUUUAUUAAGUCAAUAACACAACUUUAUUGGAUUGUUGGCAUCACCUUCCACUGCCUGAAGAUAUAAUGCCACCUAGCUGCACUACAAUGCAAUUACAAAAUGGUAUAUCUGAUUUUUAU